AUGUUGCAGCAGAAGCAGCUGGUGAUCGCCAAGCUCCUGGAGGGGCUCGCCAACGCCAUUUCGGCCUCGGAGAGGGUCUCGAUCGAGAUCGACACGCGGAAGGCCACGGCCACGCGGCAGCACGGCGAGGCCCAGCACUUCGUGGAAGAGUCGGCCAUCGGCGCCGAGGCGGUGGUCCCCAAGGGCGUGGCGGGCCAAGGCACGAUGCUCCUCGAGGCGGCCGUGGCCGACAAGGAGAUCGAGAAGAUGGUGGAGGCGCCGCAGGUCGCGGACGUCGUGGAAACGGUCGACAUUGGCGAAACGAUCGCCAGGAAGUAA